UUUGUAAAUUACUAGAAGUCAACUUCCUGGAAUUUUACCAAUGUACUUUAUUGGAUAUCCAAUAAAGUACAUUAUAUAUAUUGUAUAUAUUAUAUACACCGAAAUAUUUCCUAAAACUUGCUGGAAAUCCUGGCUGAUGAUUAAAAGUGUAGUGUAAUACUGUUUUUUGACCAAGUCUAUGAACAGUUUGCUUGACUUCAGAGCGUACUAGAAGCUGCCGACUUGUAAUCCGUCCAUCAUUGCUGGAUUAGAAAUGUGAUCGUGGUGUGCUAUAUGUUCAAGUCAUAUCCACCUCAUUAGAUCUUCUUCAUGCUUCAAACUAAUGAUUGCUUAGAAAUUGGGAUCUCCGGGAUUGUAAAGGAAUUCGGGUUUUAUGGUCGUACAACUUUUAGUAUUUUAAAUUUAUCAAACAGUGGUUGAAAGAAUAAUUAUGUAUCAGAAUACUCAUGACUCCCUCUCAACAUUCAAUAUUAUUAUGAGUCUACUCUAAAUCAGUUGAUUUAUUCGUGAUUUUGUCCUGUUUUUAAGGAUUGAUCGCGCCUUAUAGGCUUUGUCUAACCACUUGCAUGCAUUAUUCGUAGUGCUAGAUAAUAUGCACCUUUCAAGGGGGGUUGAGAACAGUUUGGGAGUGACCAUAUCGAGUUGUCCUUGGGGAUAAUGUAUUAUAACAUAGGCUUUAGCUGUGCCUCCAAAGCAGUCGAAACUGGUAUCUACUCGUUCUAGACUUAGAUCUUGCUCUGUUAAGGCAUCAAUGAUUGCGAUGAUUGCAAAGGACGUAAGUUGUUUGUUGCGAUAUGUGGGUUCGGAUGUACAUGACAUAACAGUUAGGUUUCAAGUAAUCAGAAGACUCAAACGUACUUAUCUUCUCACAAUGGAUUACUUGUCUUUCUGCCGUGGUGUACUGAUUGGGGGAUUGAUGGGAGAUUGUUAUGGAUUCUUGUACGAAGGCAAACCAGCAGUAAAUUACAGCACUCCUUUGGAACUGCUGCAAAGGUCAAUCAAUGGCUUUGAUACUAAACAGCUGAUGUACAGCGAUGAUACACAAAUGAGUCUUGCGAUUCUCCGGUCAUUAAGGGCUAGGAAUAGCUUCGAUGCAGAACAUUUGGCUAAAGAGUUCACUACUGACUACUUUGAAAAUGGAUCACAUAGGUGCUAUGGUGGUUCUGUUGGGCGCACUUUUUACUCACUUAAGAUGAUGAACUACAAAGACCCCUAUGCUCAUGCUGCUGAUUUAUUUAAUGGGACAGGAUCAUAUGGUAACGGUGGAGCUAUGAGAAUCGCACCUGCAGCGCUAUAUGGAUUACGAUAUUCUAAACGUGAAUUUGAAAAAAUAAUUAUCGAUGUUACUCGGUUAACUCAUACCCAUCCACUGGCUAUAUGUGGAGCACUUUUGCAAGCAUAUGCUAUACAAAUGAUUUUCUCUUUGAUACAUGAUCAUAUACAACUGGAUUAUGUAACCUUCAUCGAUAACUUAUUAGAAAAACUAGAGAAAACAGAAUAUUUUGUAAAUUUUAAACAACCCAAUUGGUUAGAAGCACUUGAUGCUUAUAAAGAAAAAUUACAAAUAGUUAAAUAUCUCUUGAUAGACGAUAAACAACCAUCAGUUACAAAUAUUGUCGAUCGAUUGGGUAAUGAUUUAAAAGCCAUCAACUCUGUUCCAUCUGCAUUAUAUGUAUUUCUGCGUAGUUUAAAACCUAUAGACGGAAUCGAGUUUGAUUCACCUCCUCUACGUUCUAUUGUCUUAUCGAUCGGAUUAGGUGGUGACACUGAUACCAUUGGUUGUAUGGCUACUGCAUUAGCUGGUGGAUAUAUUGGCAUUCCAAAUGACAGUAAUUCAACUAUACCAAGAAAUAUUAUUACACUUUGUGAAAGUUAUGAAGAAAUUGAAGAAUAUGCUAGUUGGUUAAGUAACAGGCUACAAAUCAGAUGAAAUUUUGUCAUUAUAAUCUAAUCGACCUGAAAAAGCACUAAAAAAUCAAGUGACGUUUGGUCCUAUCAUAAUGAAGUAAAAAUAAAUGUUCAACUUUUUUAACAGAUAUAAUUCUAUAAUAGAAGCAUUUGAAUUAGCCAUAAUUUUGGCUCAUCUUAAUAUUUUCUUACUGAAAUUUCUUAGAUGAUUUUGUUUAGCAAUUAUCGAAACUUGUGUUACAUGAACUUCUUGAAUAUAAGUGCAUCAUAAUACCUCUUAUUAAUGGUAAACUAUUGAUAUCUGUACCGAAUUUCCCAUACUAUCAAGUUUAUUUAAAUAUAUUGUAAAGUAUCGUC